AUGGGCAAUGAAACAAGCUAUCAGGCGCAUCGAUACCCCGUGUUGGCUUUUGAAGCGCCGUCAAGACAUUCACACACAGCAGCGUCGUUGCCGGACUCUCUGACUUUUUGUGCUCAACAUGAGAACUUCAUUCGACAUCAGGAAUCUCUCCCUUCAGAGGCUGACUAUACGGACAGUUCGGACAACUCUAUCAUCUCGAGGAGACGCCAGUUUCCUGGAUCCAAUAACAACAACAACAACCCUAUUGUCUCAUCCUUCUGGCUUCGAACAACUCCUGGCAGUUGUGGAACACCAUCUAGUGAAAAGGGGUCCCUUUUGGAUGUGUUGGUGAAACGGAUCAGUGGUGGUGGACAGAAUCAGACCUCGUCUUCUGAUGAGGAUCAGACAGGCGGAACAAAGGACCAAUCCUCGGCGACGAGCCUGCAGGACUCAGCUUGUGAAUUUUUGGAGUCUUCGCAACAACUCACGGAAGAGGAGAAAGCUCAGAUCAAAGACGUUCUAGACAGGGUAAAACAGGUUGAAAAUCGUGAGGCCAAGCGCAUUUCGUAA